AAAUGGAAUCACGUAGAGAAAUCGAGGUAGUUUUAUUGCUGGCACGUCAACAGGUAAUCAACGUAUAGAACGACUAUGGCGGGAUGUGUGGAUGUAUGUAUGUCACAGAUUCUAUUACACAUUUCAAGCGCUUGAAGGAUUGCUUAACGUAUAUGAUGAGAGACAUACGUUUAUUUUACAUUUGGUAUUCAUCCCUCGGAUCAAUCAAGCGGUUACAAGUUUCACUGUUGGAUGGAAUAAACAUCCUUUACGAACUGAACGUGACCAAAGCCCAGAAAACAUAUGGAAUAAUGGAAUUAUUGAUCAACGAAAUAGAAAUCAAAUUCAAGUAGCUGAAUUUCACGACAACAUAGGCGAUGAUGACAUGCAAUGGUUUGGUUUCGACGCACACGCUCCUUCUCCAACAGAUAAUGGUUCACAACAGGUGAAAGUUUUUGAUCAGCCAAGCUCGUUUUCAAAAGAAACAAGAAACCUUGACGGUUUGAAACACUCGUCGUUUCUGUAUAUGUGUAUGUUUAUGAGUAUUCUAUUAAUGAAUGGACAUAUAGCUUUACGGCCGUAG